AUGAUAUCAUUACCGUAUCCAUUUAGUAAACCAUUCAACAAAUCAAGAACAGAUGCUUCUCCAAAUUCAUUGAAACAACUAGCAUCGUUAUGUGACGAUCCGCAAGUUGCUGAUUUUGUAUCAACGUAUAAUAAUCUAACAACAAGAAGAGAAAGAACUCCAAGCUCUAGGUUCACCAAACCUAACUAUACUAAUUAUAAACCACCAAAAUAUCCAAUAAUUCUUUGUCAUGGACUCUCUGGAUUUGAUACUUUAAUUCUAAUUCCUUCUGUGAGAACAUUUAUAAACGUCAUUUCUAAUGCAGUUAGUUAUAAAAACUCCGAAUAUUUUGUAAUGGAUGAAACUGAUAAUGAAGUUAAAAAAAAUGUUUUGGAAGUUGAAUAUUGGAUUGGCGUAAAACGAAUAUUAGAAAGUAAAGGUUGUACAGUUUUCAUUACAAAAGUACCACCAUUUGGUAGUAUUGAAGAAAGAGCAACUUCAUUAAAUAAAAUUUUAAAUACUGUGGUUAAUCAACAAUUACAAACAAAGAAUGAUAAAAUCACUAAACUUAAUUUUAUCGCACACUCAAUGGGGGGUCUAGAUUGUAGAUAUUUAAUCUCAAGGAUUCCAGAGAAUGAAAAAAAUUAUGAAGUUGCAAGUUUAACAACUUUGUCUACACCUCAUGGUGGUUCAGAAGUAGCAAAUUAUGUUGUUGGACAAUUUGGUAAGAUUCGCAAAUCAUUAAAUGAUAAUGGUCCCUUAUUACCAAUGUGUUAUUAUCAAUUGACAACUUAUUAUGCCCAAUAUUUUAAUAAUAUUACCCCUAAUGAUCCAGAUGUAAAAUAUUUUUCAUAUGGUGCUUAUUUUAGUCCCAAAUGGUAUAGUUCUUUUGCAUUAACUUGGAGCAUAAUUAAUUAUGCUACAAACGGGGAACCAAACGAUGGAAUGGUAACUGUAAAGAGUAGUCAUUGGGGAAAAUAUAUGGGUACUUUACCAAAUAUGGAUCAUCUUGAUAUCAUUAAUUGGAGGAAUAAAUUUCAUGAUACCUUUGAGCAAUUGUUACAAAAUAAAAAAAAUCCAGAAUCUAUUCUUCAACUUUAUGUAAAUAUUACAAAUGAUCUUGCAGAACAGGGUUGUUAA